AUGCGGUUAGAAGAUUGGCUGGAUGAUUUGUGUGUUCGUUUCAUUAUCAACCUUCCGCGCGAGGAGCUUGAGUCGGUCGAACGGAUAUGUUUCCAAGUCGAAGAGGCACAAUGGUUCUAUGAAGACUUCAUUCGUCCGCUUGACCCUGCGCUGCCGUCAAUGAACCUGAAGACAUUUGCUAUGCGCAUUUUCCAGCAUUGUCCACUUAUGUCAUCAUGGUCUCAUUACCACCAUGUAGCUGCCUUCCAGGAGUUCCUCGAUUACAAGACACGCGUGCCGGUGCGUGGUGCAAUCAUGUUGAACCAAGAGAUGGACGAGGUUGUUCUGGUGAAAGGUUGGAAAAAGGGCGCCAACUGGAGUUUUCCCCGCGGCAAAAUCAAUAAGGGCGAAAAGGAUCUUGAUUGUGCCAUUCGGGAGGUCUACGAAGAAACUGGGUUCGAUGUUCGGAGCGCCAAUUUGGUUAAAGACGAAGACGAUGUCAAAUACAUCGAGAUUACGAUGAGAGAGCAGCAUAUGCGACUGUACGUCUUCCGAGGUUUGCCCCGUGAUGCUUACUUUGAGCCGCGCACCCGAAAGGAAAUCAGUAAGAUUGAGUGGUACAAGCUUUCAGAGCUGCCAACAUUGAAGAAGAGUAAACAACAUGAUGAAGGACUGGCAGUCGCAAAUGCGAACAAGUUCUACAUGGUUGCCCCGUUUCUCAGCCCACUGAAAAAGUGGAUAGCGCAGCAGAAGAAGCUUGAUCUGAGAGCCCAGGCUGGUACAAACCAGGUUUCACACGCCGAGGGAUAUCUUUCUAUGGAUGAAAAUGGCAAUACCAAUGGCACUCCAGGGAUGUCCCUCGCAAAGAUGGCUAUUCCAAGUGAUCUUCCUGAAGUGACAUCAGCGCAAGAUGCUUCAGAUCACCUCAAACGCCUUUUGAAGAUUGGCGCCGCACCGUUGCAAGCUCACACACCAGGCCUCGAGCCCCUCCAGGUUUCUGCUAUUGACCCAUCUAAGGCGAAUGGGCUUCUUGCCUUGUUGCAGCGUGGAUGUCAAGAGACAUUCCCUCAGGAUUCUCUCAGUACUCCUAUGGCGUCCCUCAAUGUAUCUCAGUCCAACGUCCAACCUGCGGAACAACGGCCUCAUUUGGGCCCUAAUUUCUUCCCCGGCUUCCCUCAGCAGCAACAGAACAUGGGUCCAUCUCCUUUCAUGCGGCAGAACUCGACACCAUUUCACACUGUUCCAUCUCAACCUCAUAUCCAGCACUCCUCAAAUGGCCCACAGGUUCCUCACGGUGCAUUCCCGACUUCUGCGCAUAAUUGGUAUCCUAAACCACAGGCGAUACCACAAUUCCCUCAAUCCACCAUGUCUCAAUAUCAACAUCAUAAUCAGCCUCCUCUAGCGCCUGGUAUUUUGCCCCCAAGCCAUAUGCCCGCACCAUUCCAACGGACGGGAGAUCCUGAGUUCUCUGAAUCCGCCCAGUUAUCUCAGACCCGGGGCCCAGUCGUCCCGCCAGCGAGCAAAUUGCCUCCACCUAAGCUCACAAGUCAUUCCCUGGCGCUGUUGGAAGUUUUCAAGGUUAAGACCCCCAAGGGUCCGGGUCCAGCAGUGUUGGCGGCUCCCAUGCAAGGCUCUUCCCAUGUGCCCAAGACCUCUCACCAUCAGGAUAGUCUUUUGGGUUUGCUCAAGGGUUCCCAAGCUUCCCGUGUUCCUGAACCAGCGGAAUUGUUAGGCAAACCUGUUGCGCCUUCAGAGAAGCAGAUUCUUCAACGUCCUCGUGGUCACCAUAAUCAGUCCAGGCACCAGGCUGGUGCAGCGAAGAGUCUUCUGGGACAAGCUCAAACAUCGGCUACCGUGUCUGGACCGUUGAACACGCCACAAUUUGAGACAUUUACCAAAACGCACAAGUCAAACAACGAAGCAUACAGAAAUAAUCAUGUGAGCAGGCGAGAGCAACCUCAGGCACAGCAGUUAUCCUCGCCCAUUACCAUUCUACCACGACCCCAUUCUGCCAAACGGGAGGUAUCCUCUCCGAGACCUGUUGCACGAGCAACCCAGGUUCUGCCUGCGAAGAUGCCCGAAGCACCUGAGCCUAUCAAGAAUUUCCAACCGCAGAUUCUACGUCGAUCCGAAAAACCCGGAUAUGAGGUAUUGAUGGCGACGGCUCCUCAAGCAGAAGCUAUUGAACGCAAAUUGAGUCUGCCAGGUGCCGAUACAAAUACCCCGAGCCUGGCGCCGCAGGGCAACUUUGACCGUCGACCUAGUCAAACUGCUGAGCAGAAAGCUUCACUUUUGUCUCUUUUUAGCAAGGGACCUGUCUCUCCGGCGCCCGUUUUUGCGACCCCGUUCGACUCCCGAGCUGUCAACCAGCAACCGGCAGCAUUUUCGGGUUUUGUCAGUCCGAUGUCGUCCCGCCAUCGUCCGAGCAGUGGAGAUAUCUCUCGUCGCGGUACGCCAUCUGAUGGUGGUGCACACGUCAAUGGCCAACAUGUCUCCUCUCCCAGCAACAAGGCGUUCUUGCUUGGGUUUUUGGAGGAAGUGGCUAAGGGCAAUAAAUAG